GCCGGUUGGGAAACAAUGGACCUAAUCUAACUUAAAACGCGCCGAAGUUUUGGGUCCUUACCUACCUACCUACCUACCUACCUACCUUAGUAUACAUCAGCCGAGGCAAAGGUUUCGGUAAACGUCAUGAAAAUCAUCGCCCGCCUGCCAAAGCCGAAUCAUUCUCGCACCCCGAAUGCCCACUCCCCUUUCAUCUCUUCUUCACCUACUACAGUAUUUUCCUGAUUUAAUGGAAAGUGCUUGAACCCAGAACACGCUCUUUUCAAACCUCUGGCGUUUGCGCAUUCUGACGCCCUUCGACAACUUCAGAACAAUCAUCCCCGGCAUACAUAGACGACAGUUCGUCAGGACUUCUUGAAUAUUCAUUCUCCAUUUCAUAAUGUCUCAGUCUAAGAUUGAAAGCCCCAAAAAGGUGGUUGUAGCAUCGGCUGCAGCGCAACAAAGUGAUAAUAUAGCACAUGCACUUGCUGGUGCUGGUGGGGGUAUUCUGUCUAUGAUACUGACAUACCCUUUGAUCACGCUUUCAACCCGAGCGCAAGUGGAAUCUAAGCGGGCUCACUCUACGACUGCCGAUGCCAUUCGCCGCAUUGUCCAACGGGAGGGUGUUAGUGGGCUUUACUCUGGUCUUGAAUCUGCCCUAUUUGGUAUAAGUGUUACCAACUUCGUAUACUACUACUGGUAUGAAUGGACGCGUUCGGCCUUUGAGAAGGCCGCCGUAAAGAGUGGUCGUGCCGCCAAAAAGCUCACCACGGUCGAAUCCAUGAUCGCAGGAGCGAUUGCAGGAAGUGCAACGGUCCUACUCACGAACCCAAUCUGGGUAGUGAACACACGAAUGACGGCUCGCAAGUCUGAUUCAGAUGAGGCCGCGUUGCCUGGUGGCCACCCCAAAAAAUCACAGACAUCUACCAUUGCCACCUUGAUAAGCUUGCUGCGGCAAGAGGGCCCGAAGGCUCUUUUUGCCGGUGUCCUUCCGGCACUUGUACUGGUCAUAAAUCCAAUCCUACAGUACACCAUUUUUGAGCAGUUGAAAAACAUGGUGGAGCGGCGAAGGCGCAUGACACCAAAGGACGCAUUCUACCUCGGCGCCCUUGGCAAAAUUCUGGCCACUUCUUUGACCUAUCCCUACAUUACAGUGAAAAGUCGAAUGCAUGUCGCCAGCAAGGAUGGUCCGAAGGAAAGUCUGAAUGGAAGCGUCAAGAGAAUCAUCAAGGAGGAAGGAUACAUGGGAUUGUACAAGGGUAUUGGACCAAAAGUGACCCAGAGUGCCAUCACUGCGGCAUUCUUAUUUGCGUUCAAAGAUGUUCUCUACGACGCUAUGGUAUCUGUCCGGAAGAGAGGCAAGGUUUCUAGGUAGACACACGUCACCUUCAAGUUCCCCGGUCUAUUAUGACAAGGAAUGAUUGUUUUUCAGGCUUGAUUCUUGUCGUUUGUAUAUUUCAGAGGGGAUUGUCCAUACUUGAUUGAGAUGUAGAAUCUAGUUGCGAAAAGAGAAGUGUUCC